AUGAUGCUCAGUCCUGACCAGCAUGAGUCCGACCUGCCCUGGGAACAAACAGACACUGAGACCAUUCUAGACACUUUCAAUGUGCAGAGUGGGUCAGUGCCAUCAGAACCUGAAGAUAGAGAGAGCAAGACGUGCUCUGUGCACAUGCCUGCCCUCAGCAGGGAGGAGAAGAGGCGGAGGAGGCGCGCCACAGCUAAAUAUCGAUCUGCACACGCCACAAGGGAGCGGGUCCGCGUGGUAGCCUUCAAUGUGGCCUUUGCAGAGCUGAGGAAACUGCUCCCAACGCUCCCACCAGACAAGAAGUUGUCCAAGAUUGAGAUCUUGAGGCUCGCAAUUUGUUACAUCUCCUACCUCAACCAUGUGUUAGAUGUUUAG